AUGGCAUUACACUCCUAAAUACUGUUGCCGUUAUGGCUGGAUCGUGCAUAGCUGUGCCAAUGGAUUCUCCGUCUUCUAACUAUGGUGGUUAUUCAUACCAAACUACCACCGCUGCGCCGUACUACACGACGACGUAUGCUGCCCCCAGUUAUUACACUACAAAGGCGCCCAAGUGCUUCCCCACAACAUAUGCGGCACCCACUUACUACACCGAGGCUCCCAAGUAUUACAGCACGAAGGCUCCUGAAUACUACACCACCACGUAUGCAGCUCCCACUUACUAUAUGGAGGAACCAAAAUACUACUCCGCACCGAGCUAUUACAUGGAAGCGCCAGUAUAUUAUACCACUCCAAGCUACUACACCGAGUCUCCCUCCUACUAUACCACAAAGGCUCCUGAGUAUUACACCACAACUUACGCUUCACCGGCAUACUACCCCGAAGCCCCGAAAUAUUACUCUGUUCCAAGCUACACUACAACCGUGUCGUACUACACAACUACAGAGGCACCCAAGUAUUACGUAGCUCCAACCUACUACACCGAAGCUGCCCCAUCUUACUACUCCGAGCCGACCUACUACACUGAAGCCACGAAGUACUACGCUGCCCCAAGUUACUACACCACGACUGCUCCUUCGUACUACGUCGAACCUAGCUACUACACCACAACUUAUGCUGCUCCGUCUUACUAUACUGAGGCUGCUGAAUACUACACAACUAAAGCCCCGGAGUAUUAUACCACGAAAGCUGAAUACUACACAACCACUUACGCCGCUCCAGCUUAUUACACUGAGGCUCCGCAAUACUACACAACAAAGGCACCCGAAUACACAACGUAUGGUGCCCCAAGCUACUACACCGAGGCCCUCAAGUACUUCACCACAACUUACGCUGCUCCAGUUUACUACACUGAGGCUCCCAAAUAUUCGGCUCCUCAAUACACUACAACAUAUGCUGCCCCAAGCUAUUAUACAGAAGCCCCGAAGUACUACACUACAACAUAUGUCGCUCCGGUUUACUACACCGAAGCUCCUCAAUACUAUUGUAAGUUAUUUAUAUUUUAA